AUGAAUCGAACUCUGGCAAAUAUGCUAGCCAAGAAUACGCCUGUGCCCAUGGAAUGGGAUUGCAAAUUGCCGUUUGUCUUGCAUAGUUAUAAUACCACACCACAAGACAGUACAGGCGAGAAUCCCUAUUUUCUGCUUUAUGGGAUCGAUCCAAUUUGGCGCGAGUGCGGUGCGCAGUACAUAAUAGAUUUGGACGACUAUCGCACGGAACUUUUGCUGGGGCUCCAAGAUAUUCGAAGCCGAGCUUUGGAGCAUAUAAAAAAGGAACAAGAGAGGGCCAAGCGAUAUUACGAUGAGCGUAGUCGUGUAAAGGCUGAGCAGUUCCACGUGGGCGAACGGUAUUGGUAUACAUGCCGUUAG